UCAGCACUAUGUGACUACAUAAAAGCCUCCAGAGUCCAGGGUGCCAUUGGGCCCUUUCUGCCCGGUACUGAAGGAGAGAAUUUUGAGCAGACGCCGCUCAGACGCACAUUUAAGUCGAAGGUUCUGGCUCGCUAUCCAGAAAAUGUAGAGUGGAACGCGUUCGACCAAGACGCAGUGGGUAUGCUAUGUAUGCCAAAAGGGCUUUCCUUCAAGACUCAGGCCGACUGCCGCGACCCCCAAUUUCACUCUUUUAUCAUCACGCGGGAAGAUGGGUCGAGGACGUUUGGGUUCUCCUCACUUUCUUUGAGGAAGUCACCAGCAAGCAGAUAUGCAGCGCCAUGCAGACCCUGUACCACAUGCACAACGCAGAGUAUGACAUCAUCCACACGUCCGCCACCAAUGGCAGCACGAACUGCACUGAGGAUUGCAAUGACUCCUCCAUUUCCAAGCUGCAGAGGUUCAACUCCUAUGAUAUUUCUCGGGACACUUUAUACGUCUCGAAGUGCAUCUGCCUCAUCGCCCCCAUGUCCUUCAUGACAGCUUGCAAGAAGGUUCUGGAACAGCUGCACCAGGCCGUCUCAUCUCCGCAGCCCCCACCGCUGCCGUUGGAGAGCUAUAUCUAUAACAUCCUCUACGAGGUGCCUCUCCCUCCUGCAGGGAGGUCAUUAAAGUUUUCGGGAGUCUAUGGACCAAUUAUAUGUCAAAGGCCGAGUACCAAUGAACUGCCACUGUUUGACUUUCCAGUGAAGGAGGUGUUUGAAUUGCUUGGAGUAGAGAAUGUUGUACAGCUCUUCACCUGUGCAUUGCUGGAGUUCCAGAUCCUCCUCUACUCGCAGCAUUACCAGAGGCUGAUGACGGUGGCGGAAACCAUCACGGGUCUGAUGUUCCCCUUCCAGUGGCAGCACGUCUACGUGCCAAUCCUUCCAGCGUCCCUCCUCCACUUCCUGGAUGCACCGGUGCCCUACCUGAUGGGGCUACACUCCAAUGGGCUGGAUGACAGGUCCAAGCUGGAGCUACCGCAGGAGGCCAAUCUUUGUUUUGUGGAUAUUGACAACCAUUUCAUUGAGCUUCCUGAGGAUCUUCCGCAGUUCCCCAAUAAACUGGAGUUCAUUCAGGAGGUCUCCGAGGUCCUGAUGUCCUUCGCAUCCCACCUGAGGGGAAUCUCCACUGCAGCGAGAGCGUCUCCAAACUGAAGAGUCUCAAAGCUGCAGAUCUGGUGUCCGACAAGAAGAACGGCAACCUGGCUGGAUCUCCACUCAACUCCUAUGAGCUUCUGAAGGAGAACGAGACCUUGGCACGCAUUCAGGCCUUGGUGAAGAGGACUGGAGUCAGUUUGGAGAAGGUGGAGGUUCAGAUAGAAUCGACCAGCAAGAAGGACACGAAAUUCCAGUGUAAUGAGGAGGAACUCCGAAUUCACCAACUCAACAUCCACACCCGGGAGGUGUUCGCCAACCGCUUCACGCAGAUGUUUGCCGACUACGAGGUCUUCGUCAUCCAGCCCAGCCAAGACAAGGAGUCGUGGUUCAACAACCGGGAGCAGAUGCAGAACUUCGACAAGGCGUCUUUUCCUCUCCGACCAGCCGGAGCCGUACCUCCCCGUUCCUCUCGCGCUUCCUGGAGACGCAGAUGUUCGCCUCUUUCAUCGACAACAAAAUCAUGUGUCACGACGAGGACGACAAAGAUCCCGUCUUACGAGUCUUUCGACUGCCGAGUGGACAAGAUACGGCAACUGAACGUCAGAACGCCCACGCUGCGCACCUCCAUGUACCAGAAAUGCACCAACAUCGAGGAAGCAGUCAAGUCCAUAGAGCAGCGACUCUCCAAGAUUGACCACACCGCUAUCCACCCCCAUCUCCUGGACAUGAAGAUCGGACAGGGGAAGUACGAGCCGGGGUUCUUCCCUAAACUCCAGUCCGAUGUCCUAUCCACGGGGACCGGCCACCAACAAGUGGACAAAGCGGAACGCCCCGGCGCAGUGGCGGAGGAAGGACAGACAGAAGCAGCACACUGAGCACCUCAGACUGGACAAUGAUCAGAGGGAGAAAUACAUCCAGGAAGCCCGGAAUUUGGGGAGCACCAUCCGCCAACCCAAACUCUCCAACCUCUCCCCCUCUGUCAUCGCCCAGACCAACUGGAAGUUUGUGGAAGGUCUGCUAAAGGAGUGUCGCAAUAAGACGAAGCGGAUGUUGGUGGAGAAGAUGGGUCGGGAGGCGGUGGAGUUGGGUCAUGGAGAAGUCAGUAUCACCGGGGUGGAGGAGAACACGCUGAUCGCUAGCCUGUGCGACCUUCUGGAGCGGAUCUGGAGCCACGGCCUUCUGGUGAAACAGGGGAAAUCCGCCUUGUGGUCGCACCUCCUACACUAUCAGGACAACCGGAGGAGGAUCGCUGCUGGGAGCUUCUGCCAUUCAGGAGUGUAUUUAGAUACAGAGAGGAGGAAAUCUGAUCAACACCAACCCAGUGAGGGAUGGCGUCCUCUGAAGAUUGGGCCCUGGUCCAGGAUCAUGCUACACAUCCAGAACAUCGGUGUGAGAGAUAAAGACGGAUGUGGGGAAGGCCGGGGCCUGGGUGCGCCUGUCCAUGGAGAAGAAACUUCUCUCCAGACACUUGAAGCAGCUCCUUCGGACCACGAUGAGCUCACCAGAAAACUCUACAAGCGCUACGCUUCCUUCGCUGCUGAUGACGAGAAGGAGCAGUUUCCUCUAGCCACCUGCUUCCACCACCGUGUAACUAAUAUAUAUCAUCUUCUCUCCCCAGUGAUCCCCUAUCACAUCCUCAUCGUCCCCAGCAAGAAAUUGGGGGGCUCAAUGUUCACCGCUAACCCCUGGAUCUGUAUCUCCGGAGAGCUGGGGGAGACGGAGACGGGCGUCCUGCAGGUGCCGCGCAGCAUCCUGGAGAUGACCUACGAGUGCCAGAACCUUGGGAAGCUGACAACCGUCCAGAUCGGACACGACAACUCCGGGCUGUACGCCAAGUGGCUGGUGGAAUACGUCAUGGUUCGCAAUGAGAUUACAGGACACACGUACAAGUUCCCUUGCGGCCGCUGGCUGGGGAAAGGGAUGGACGACGGCAGUCUGGAGAGGGUUUUGGUUGGCGAUCUUCUGACACCAACUACCGACACCGAAGACAGACCCUGCCGGACGCCCCCUCUGCAAACACUCACCCGGCAUGAUCCGGAGACUCGUGGCGAUCUCACCCAACAGUCGGCCGAAACUGAACACGGGUCAGAUCCAGGAGGCCAUAGGAGAGGCUGUCAAUGGAAUUGUGAAACACUUUCACAAACCGGAAAAGGAGAGGGGAAGUUUGACAUUGCUGCUCUGCGGGGAGGCCGGUCUGGUGUCGGCUCUGGAACAAGUUUUCCAACACGGGUUCAAGUCACCGCGACUCUUCAAAAGCAUCUUCAAUGGGACUUCCUAGAGAAGGCCCAAGCACAUUACGACGGCCUUGAGCUCAGCGAAGGGGCCCCUAGUGAAGACUGGCAGAAGAGGGCCCGUAUCUUCAGCCGUAUCAUCAACGCCAUCAACAGCACUCCUCGCAAUAUCGGCAAAGACGGCAAGUUCCAGAUGUUCGUGUGUCUGGGAGCCCGUGAUCACUAUUUGCACCACUGGAUCGCCUUGCUGGCCGACUGCCCCAUAAUAGCACAAAUGUACGAGGACGCAGCUUUAAUCAAAGACCACACGCUGGUCAACUCGCUCAUCCGCGUCCUACAGACUCUGCAGGAAUUCAACAUCACCCUGGAGAGCUCCCUGGUCAAAGGAAUCAACAUCUGA